CUCUUGUCAAAUCAUCUGCUCACGUACAUUGCCUGCUCUUGCCGUCAGUGGUUUGGUGGCGAAUAUGAAUACAUUUUCCAAUUCCCGAGCACAACUGUUUGCGUUGUAAAAUUGGAACCAUCCUGCGCCAUUGGAACUUGAAUACGAACGUACUUGGCGAGUGGCCUGUGGGGCCCCAAAACACCAACACCAGUGCAGUGGGUAAAGCAAACGGUACGGGUGGUACGGUGGUGGCAGCAGGUAUUGGAACUUCCCAACAAAAAGGCGAUGGUGGCAGUGUAUUAUUGAGCAGGCAGCAAGCGUUCAUAGCAAUCGGUGACCCCUAAGAUUCAUCCACAAGUGGUCCAUUGUGUCGACCGUCGCACCGAACCGAAGCAAUCUCAUCCGGACCCGACCAUGUCUCGCGGACCCGGACCCAUUCCUGCCCGCUGGCUACACUGCCCACGGAAGUCGGAAAAACUGAUCGCAAACCAUUUCCUCGCGUUCAAGACACCGCUGAAGCGUGAGUUUGAGUCCCAAAUGCCCAUCCAGUGCUCCUUCACGCCGUCGAUGCUGUUCGAUCUGAUGAAGUGCCACAAGCAGCGGAUCGGUCUGUGGAUCGAUCUUACCAACACGAACCGGUUCUACGACAAGCACGAGAUCGAGGAUGCGAGCUGCCGGUACAUUAAGCUGCAGUGCCGCGGCCACGGCGAAACGCCCUCCAUCCAGCAAACGAAAGCAUUCAUCGAGCUGGUGGACGAGUUCAUCCAGGAGCGGCCGGUCGAGGUGAUCGGGGUGCACUGUACGCACGGGUUCAACCGGACCGGGUUCCUGAUCGUGUCGUACAUGGUCGAACGGAUGGACUGUGCGCUGGAUGCGGCCCUGGCCGCAUUCGCUGACGCAAGGCCACCGGGCAUCUACAAGGGCGACUACAUUCGGGAGCUGUGUGUGCGGUACGGCGAGGAGGACAAUGUUCCACCGCCACCGGAACUGCCCGGCUGGUGCCUGGAGUAUGACGACGGUGAUCAACCGAACAAUCAUCAGUACGCCGACGAGGACGAUGACAACGAUCAGCAACCGAGCCACGAACAGAACAGGAAAGGUACGAAGCGUCGGGCGCAUGAUGCCGGUGAAAAUGGGCAGACCGGUGGGCCGAGUGGGAAGCGUAAGCGCGCCUCGUACAACAAGAAUGCCGUCUUCAUGGACCGCGUGCCGAACGUGACGCUCGUAACGGACGAGCCGCUGAUCGCCCAGCUCCAGGAACGGGUCCGUACGAUGUGCGGCAGCAAGCUGCAGGGCUUUGCCGGUGCGCAGCCCGUCUCGAUGGACAUGCACAACAUACGCUACCUCAGCGAGAUGCCGUACCGGGUGUCGUGGAAGGCGGACGGUACGCGCUACAUGAUGCUGAUACAGGGCGAGGACAAGAUCUACUUCCUCGACCGUGACAAUUCCAUAUUCGCCGUCAAGGGCAUACGGUUCCCGUCGUUCGCCGAUCCGAACCAGCACGUCACCGAUACGCUGGUCGACGGCGAGAUGGUGAUCGACGAGUACAAGCAGCAGUACACCCCCCGCUACCUGGUGUACGACAUCAUCUACCUGUACAAUCGCGAGGUCCGCCAGCAACCGUUCUUCCCGAACCGGUUGAAGCUGAUCGAGCGCGAGCUCAUCCAGGCGCGGACCCGUGCCAUCCAGCAGGGCACACUGGACCGGAACAGUGAACCGUUCGGCGUGCGGCUGAAAGAGUUCUGGGACAUUAGCAAGUCGCAGUCGCUGCUCGGGCCGAAGUUUAAGCAAGCGCUCGGCCACGAACCGGACGGUCUCAUCUACCAGCCGUCGCUCGAUCCGUACGAGUCGGGCGUGUGUCCGCGUGUGCUCAAGUGGAAACCGCACCACAUGAACUCGAUCGACUUUCGGCUAGUGAUCAAGGAGGAAAACAAGCUCGGCAUGUUGCCGCGCAAGGUGGGGUUGCUGUACGUCGGCGGGAUGGAUCAGUGCUACAGCCAGAUCAAGCUGACGAGCGAGCUGCGCAAGCUGAACAACAAAAUCAUCGAGUGUAAGUUCGACAAGGAGUGGGUGCUGAUGCGCGAGCGCACGGACAAAUCGUUCCCGAACAGCUACGAAACGGCUAAAAACGUGUGGGAAAGUAUCCGCAACCCGGUGACGGAGGAACGGCUGCUGUCGCUGAUCCAGAAGGAAGCGUACCGGUCGGAUUCGGACCGGAUGCCUCCGCCCCGGUCACAUUAAGCGCAACACAGUCACCCAUGGCCACCUUUACCAUGGUUAACGGUUUGUGCGCAGCCAGCCAACGAAGAGGACCUUCCCAAUCCCAUCAUCCGCCGCCUACUGCUCAUUUAUCAAUUCGAAAUUGUUAACUUUUGGAUUGUUGGCUGCACCUGGCUGCUAGACUUUUGAAUGAGCUGAACACAGAUCGUUGUGUAAAGUUGUGUGUUUGUGUGUAUGUUUUACGUAUUAGAUAAGAAACAGGGGCAACCAUUGGCAUACACUCUCGCGCAUUGUUUCCGGCAAGGAAAUGACAAUUUUUUUUAUAUAUAUAUUUAGAAAUUCCCGCAACACCCGGACAGCAGCAGACUAUUUAUAUGCGUUAAGGACGACAUUACCGCGAGAGAUCAUUCGAACGGAAAACGGUUGCAAAGCAGAAGCAUUAAACGAGCUGGUGGGGUGCAGAACAAUGCGAAAGACAUGUUUCAUAAGGUAGGAAAUACGCGUAGUUUAAAGGAAGGAGGAAGAAGCAAGAGAAGGAAGAAAACAUUCAAAAGGAUAUAGUGAAAUUAAUUAUCGCAUACCUUGCAAUAAAGUUCUAUUACAAAACAAAA